GGGUGUGUGGGAUCUGGAGGUGCUCAUAGUAUUCUUGUCUUCCUACAUCUUCCAGUCCUCUCCUGGUGAAGAGUUUCCACUAAUCUGAAAAGAAUAUUGUCUUUCAUAUAUCAGUAAAUCCUCUUGUACGCUCUGUGCUGAGUCUGAUGGGCUGUCAGUCACACAUGAUUGACAGGAGCAGAAGCCGCAGAUUAAAGCCUCAUGAAUAAAACACGCACUUGACCACCCACAGAUCUGGGCGGACACCAGCUCUCCUGCGCAGGCUUUAUAAGACACUCGGACAUAGUAAACAGUAGCACAGUAAACUGCUGCUGAAGCGAGGAGAUUUUAAAGAGUGUUAAAUCACGGUGAAAUGACCGACAUCCCACAGCGCAGGUCUAAGAUCUCUAAACCGCUGAUGGAGCGACGGAGACGCGCGCGCAUAAACGCCUGCAUCAGAGAGCUGCGCACGCUCCUGAUUCAAGCCCACGCGACACCCAGAAUUCAGUCAUCAAAACUGGAAAAGGCAGAAAUUCUUGAGUUCACCGUACGGCAUCUGCGCACACUGCACUGCCCUACAACAGGUGAGUGGAGUCAGUUCUGCGCGGGAUACACGGCGUGUGUGCAGGAAAUCACGCGCUUCUUCAGAACCGCACUCCCGCAACCAGACCCACGCACAUGCACAGAGCUGAACCAGGAGCAACCCGAGGCUUCACAGCCCCCGCUUACACUCAUCGCACGAGUUUGGAGACCAUGGAACUAAAACAAGACACACUUUAAUAUUCAUAUUACUUUUAUGGUCCUGUAUAAAGCAUUUUGUGGGAUAUAAACAAAAACAAU